AUGCUAUUGAAGCAGGUAUGCAACGAAGCACAGAAAGCCAGAUAUCUUGAAUCAGUGGACCGGGAGUCUUGGUUGUCGAAACGGGCUAUGCCACUAGAGCAAGUGCAAAACCAAGACUCGGCUGAUCCCCAUGCAUUUCACACUGAGUGGACCCUUCGAAAAUGUUUCUGUAUUCUUGCUGGUGGACUUGCUUUGCAGACCCAGGACGGGUGGAUUUACAUUCUCCGACGAAGCGAUAUGCAACCGUUCAUUCAGGCUGGCAUAAUCGAAGACGUGGACUUCCACGAUCGUGAUAUUGAAGACCGUGCUAAAUCUGAUUCUUUGGGGAAAACAUUCACUGUCAUUCAAACCGCUUGGUUCCUGGUCGACAUGAUAGCAAGAUGGGCAACUUCUCUACCGGUUGCACCAAUCGAACUGGCGACGGUCGCUUAUAUUGCCUGUGGGCUACUGCUGUAUGCCAUGUGGUGGUACAAAGCAAAGGACAUGACAACACCUAUCACGAUUUAUGUCAGAUGCACUCGUGAGGAUAUGCCGACUCACCUUCUUGAUCACACGGCGACAAAUCCUCGUGGUUGGGUUCAUAUCCGUGCACAAAUAAAGAAAGGAACCGUUUUUUCUAUUUUUGCGCAGGGUAUUCGAUUCCUUCGUGAUGCAACAUGGGAAAUUGACGUUAUCGCAAACGAUGAGGUCCCAUAUACUACUCACUAUAAGCCAUCUCAUGGAUGCAUUGUGACUGGUGUCAAUACCUUUGUUGCUUUCCUUUACUGUGGUAUUCAUCUGGCCGGGUAA